AGGAUUCGGAUUUCCUUUCCCCGUUCACGACAAUUCUUGUUCUUCAAUAUUUACUGGUGUUUUUGAUUUAUUUAUCUAUUGCAGAUAACAUAAACUCCUAUGUUAUAAGGAUGGGUUUCUUUUUUUGAUUGAACACAUUAUUGCCUCCUGCUCUCGGCACAGGCAUUCGUAAGCUAGCACAUAUUGAAGUUGUGAAGAAGAUUUCGCCUUCGCACACAGCUGUAAAGUAAUCUGGAUGUUGAGCAGGUGUCGCCGGCCAGCAUUAACACUAUUCAUUCUAUUAGGAAUACACUCCACCCCAGCCAGCACAGAGCAGCUGCGCAAGACGAUCGAUUAUGUAUUAUUGUCAGGUUUUACUUUUUUAGACCAGAGUCAGGGUAACCGCGGUUAUGUGGAAUAGCAGUUGUAAUGUAGGCUAUUAAGCGAAUAGGCUAUCAAUACUCUACAAUAGAAGUACGUACUAUGUACAACAAGCGCGAACAACGAAAAUAAAGUUUCAUUUUUGGUAGCGUCUUUCGGGACCUGCUUCUCGUCCUUCUGUCUUCAGCUAUUCUAUUUCCAGUAUCUCGGAUGUCCAUUUUAUAGCGUUCAGCCAUCACCAUCUACUCUAGAUUCUCAGCAGUCCGUUCGUUUUCGACAAAAAAUCGCAGUAGCAACCAUAAGGACUGCAGCUUUUUUCUCUGCUUUUCUUUUUUUGGAGGCCUCGCUAGCAUGGAGAAACUAUAUAUAUAUACAUCAAACCAAAUUAUAGUUCCCUGUUGUAGGAUAUUUAGCAGCAUCAAAAGGAGAUAAGCACUAGCCUUGGGCUGCGAAAUAGGCUCGCUCCCCCCAGCGCGAGUGCCAAUUUUCGUGCCUAGACGGACCAAGCAGUGCCUUGCAGUACUACGGUCGCCUUUGUAGGUAUUUCUAUCAGAUGAGCAGCUACUUCGACAUCUACACAGACAGACAAAUUACGCUUUCUUCGAUUUUUCGUCGUCUUUGAACCACUCAUAGCCACAGUAUUCAACCUGCGUUGGCUGCUCUUUAGCUCCGAUCCACCGAACAUUUUUACGCUUAUCAAUCUCUAUUUCUUUAUCCGAGGACCUCCACAAAACCGGAAAACUAAGUGUUUUGAUUUUCUGAGAGUUCUUGUGGGGAAUAAUUGCUCGUUUUUUCUUUCGUUUCACCCGUUUUACUGAAGGUUGUUUUUGCUUUUCGCAAUACUACAAAGAAAAGGUCUUCAUAUUGAAUAUUUUUUACUCUUUUUCGAAAAUGGAGGAAUUUCCUGACUACCAAUAUCCGCCCGAGGUUGUGUCCGGAGGUGGCUAUGGGGUGUCAGGAGACGGUGAUGGUUCCGUUCUGGUUUAUCAGUACGAUCACAGUCAGCCCGUACCGCAGAUGAUGCCGGCGCAACAGGCGGCUGCCAUGCGGGCGCAUCUGUAUAACAACCGCUACGCGGCCACGCACUUUUCGGCUUCUGAUCCCUCGACAACGUCGUCUCCCGAGAAGGCCCAGCCGCCAUUAUCGUAUUGAAAAGCGCCCCUACUCCAGAACUUGGAAUAAUUUGCAUCGUACAUCGCCAAGCAUUUCUGCACUUUCAAAACCCCGCGCCCCUUACUUUGCAUCUUCGCAAAAAAAAGCGAAGGGCUCGACGGACAUUCCGCCCGAGAGAAAAAGAGCGAGCGCGAAAAAUGCAAAGGCCAGCAGUGCGACCCGCCGCAUGUUGCGGAUCCAACAAGGGGCCCGGGGAGGUGGUCCCGUUGCUUCAAUAAUCCGACUUAAAAACUUGUCCAUGGAAGCAUCUCCCAUCUGGCAUAUAUCAGCUGCGCAAAUUUUCCAUGCCGAAUAGUAAAAUCCCACUGCUUGUUUCUUGCAAAAGAGCCCGCGAGCAGCCGCCCCUGCUAGUGUUGUCUCAGAGAUCAACAUGUCUCGCGUCCGCGUGCCUAGAUUUAUGUGCGUGAGAAAGACCACUUUUAGUCCUUCGAGGCAUGACAAAAAGUUUUGUGAUCACAUGGGUUGUUGAGGUGUGGUGAAAGGGUUACUCAUGCUUUCGCAUUUGAAAACCUCAUAUAUUCAUAUUGUCAUGCGCAUUGCCGGAAACAUCAACAUGCAUUCCAACUUUCGGGGUCGGGGCACUUUUCAUUGUAAUAGGGGCCCGUGAAGCCUCCCUAUCUGAAGAAAAAAUCCGGUAGCUCCUCCUCCGUGAUUAACGUUGGGCAGGCGGACGCUGGAACAACUGUUGCGGCCUACAAUGCCGGCGUUGUGGCCGCGGCCGCGUAUAAUCAUGUUGCGACUACCUCCUCUAGUGCAGCUGGGGCCAGCAGUGCUAGCGGUCCGGCAGGGGGCGCAGAUGCCGGUGCUGCCGGUGCAGCGACAUCAACCAGUAUUAAUGCCACUUCGUGUGAAGACCAAGACGAAGCAGCUCGCCUUCAUCGUGCGGCUGUUAUUCAACAACAACAUGCAGCUAGCAUGGCACACCACUUCGCGGCGCAGCAGCAGCAGCAGCAGAAUCUGUACGCACAGUUUGCGCAACAGACCGCCGCAGCGGCGUCGUACGCGACCGCCGCGAAUGCUUACAACGCACGGUGCGCUGCACAAGCGGCGGCUUACAUCCAGCAUGAAGUAAACAUGCAGGCUCGGGCGGCGGCAGCGCUGGCGGGGCCGCAGCCGCCGCCGGCAGCAGCAGGUGCUGCAGGACAACUGUUUGCGCCGGCGCUGCCCCUGCCACACAAGAAACCGAAAGGUCAGCACUACACAAUUGCCCCCGGAAGUUGUCUACAACUUCAGGGUAGUGCAGUUCGUCCGACAGCAUCAUCUUCGAAGGUGAGUGGAGCACAACGUACGGCGAAGGUGGACCCUGGUAGUGCAACGGCAGUUCUGACCACAACGACUGAAAAUAAAGAACACGUGAAGAAUGGUGCUGCUUCUCGUGGACUUAUGAGUUGUAACAAGGGGCCCAGUAUUGUAAAAUCUAGUACAGAAACAAGCACUAACGCCGCGACGAGUCGUGCGCGUACUUCCCUAGGGGGCCCAGAAGCAUCUGCUACGCAGCAGGAAGUACUAGGUCCUUCUCUGCACUACAAGAACAGCAGCGUGAGUCCCACGAUGAGUUGUAAGACUGUUGAAGUGCAGGAGCAACAGCAGAUGCAUGCGAAAAAUGCGGCUGCUGUCGGCACGACCACUGCACCCCCCGCGAAGAUGAUGAGUUCUUCGCUCUUGCCGACUUUCUCGAACAGGCUCACCACGAAGGCAGGAGUACUAGGACAACCUCCGAGCGGUCUCGGUCGCCUGUUGCCAACCCUAUCGCAGGUUAGUGAGGAGCCGAGCAUGGCGAAACACAAGGCUGUUCGCGAAACUACUUACGAUGCGGAGAUCGCCCGUGUUAUUUGUAGUUCCAAGGCCGCGCUGCAAAAAGAGCACGACCCGCUGGGGGAGGACGAGAGGAAAGAACCGCUAGCGUUACUGCAGAAGACAGCGUCGGUCAAGACAGAGUCGGGCUGCGAACACGUGCAGAAAAAGACACCGGAGCAGGGAGAGCCUCUCCUCCAACGAGACGAGGUGGAGGAAGCCAGUGGCUUUCCUGUGUUACCGCUCCAACAAAUAGACGCCGUACACGAAGUACACCAGCCUCAGCAAGCAAGGCAACAAGUAGUGCCAGACACAGACGGGUUGCACGAGCGCGAGGACCACGGGAACUACAAGCCGUGUCGUGGCCGGUAUCCAACAGAUAAAGAGUUGUACGCCAAUACCAGAAAAAAAUAAGAGUGCUACCAGAAUAAAAUAUAAAUAUACCAGUCUUCACCAGAUCUCAUGUUCACCUUUUAAGUUUAGUUUUAUAUUUAUCGAGAGAGUUGUGCUGGUCGCAAUGCGUACGGCCUUUUCAUCACCAAACGACGCCUGCACCAGAGCACGCAAAAGUAAAUUUGUGUCGCUGAUUGAAUUCCUGUCACUGUGUCUAGAAAAAAAAAAUCCAAUAGAAAUUCUCCAACGCCCCAAUAGAGAUUCUCCGUAUAGAGAAUCUCCCGCGUCGAAUCUAUCGGCUCCCGCUUUGUCUUCGGUUGCGUCUGCUCUUCGCCUUCGCCUGGCGCAAAGAAAAGCUGUUGACCUUCCUCUGGCGCAAAAGCCCACUCUCGCUUGACUUUUUCAAAAUGCUCUUUUUGUUCCGUGCCCAUGGACGGGGAAAAAAGUUCCUGUGCAUGUUUCGGCCUCUGGGGGUUCAGCUUUUUCAUUCUUUUUUUGCCCGCCGUCAGUUGCGGGGAAAGAAAGAAUAAUUCCGCACCGACCUGGCGGCCGGCGUAGGGGAAAUAGAGAAUAUUGCGCACACUGUGCGCGCGCGGGCUUCUUUUUGAGCGGCCAAACGCUCUUGCUCGCCGAUGCGCGGCAUCUGGCGGCGUGGCGGCAAUGAAAAAAAUUUCUGCGCGCUGCGACGCGGGGGCUUUUUCUUGUGAGCAGCCGGGCGCACCUUUUCGCCGGCCCGCGCACCACAUCAAUCUUGCGGCGUGCUGGUAUCGAAAAAUAAAUAUGCGCGCCGUCGCCAGCGCGCCGCGCUUUGUAGCGAUGCGGGAUCGAAUUCAAAAAAUUUUCGUGCGCUGCGCGCGCGCGAGUUUGUUUCUCGGAGCGGCCGCGCGCUCCCGUUGCAUGCCCGCGCGCCGCGCUUGGUGGCCAUGCGGAAUCGAAUUCAAAAAAUUUUUGCGCGCUGCGCGCGCGCGAUUUUGUUUCUCUUAGCGGCCGCGAACUCCCGUUGCCCGCGCGUCGCGCUUGGUGGCCAUGCGGAAUCGAAUUCAAAAAAUUUUCGCGCGCUGCGCGCGCGCGAGUUUUUUUUUCUUUGAACGGCCGGGCACUCCCACCGCCCGCGCGCCGCGUUUGGUAGCGGUGUGGGAUCGAAUUCCAAAAAAUUUCGUGCGCUGCGCGCGCGCAAAUCCUUUUCUUUGAGCGGCCGCGCGCUUCCGUUGCCCGUGCGCCGCGCUUGGUGGCCAUGCGGAGUAGAAUUCAAGAAAUUUUCGCGCGCUGUGCGCGCGCGAGUUUUUUUUUUGAGCGGCCGCGCACCCCCGUCGCCCCCCCGCGCGCCGCGCUUGGUUGCGAUGCGUGUGGAAGUGAAUUCAAAAAAUUUUCGCGCUCUGUGUGCGCGCGAGUUUUUUUCUUUGAGCGGCCGGGCACUCCCACCGCCCGCGCGCCUCGUUUGGUGGCGGUGUUGGAUCGAAUUCCAAAAAAUUUCGCGCGCAGCGCGCGCGCAAAUUUUUUUCUCUGAGCGGCCGCGCGCUUCCGUCGCCCGUGCGCCGCGCUUGGUGGCCAUGGCAUGAGGAAUCGAAUUCCAAAAAUUUUCGCGCGCUGCGCGCGCGCGCGUUUUUUUUCUUUGAGCGGCCGCGCACCCCCGUCGCCGGCCCCCCCCGCGCGCCGCGCUUGGUGGUGGUGCAUGUGGAAGUGAAUUCAAAAAAAUUUCCCUCGCUGCGCGCGCGCGAGUUUUUUCCUCUGAGCGGCCGGGCACUCCGAUCGCCCGCGCGCCGCGUGUUGUGGCGGUGUGGGAUCGACUUCCAAAAAAUUUCGCGCCCUGAGCGCGCGCGAGUUUUUUUCUCAGAGCGGCCGCGCACCCCGGCCGCCCGAGCGCCGCGCGGGCGCCCCUGGUGGCGAUGGGUAUGGGGCCGAAUUCAAAAAAAUUUCGCGCGCUGCACGCGCGCGAGUUUUUCUCUCUGAGCGGCCGCGCACCCCCGUCGCCCGCGCGGCGCGCCUGGUGGCGCUGGAUGCGGAAUCGAAUGCAAAAAGUUUUUGCGCGUCUUUUUCCUUGGCCGGUCGCGUAUUUUCGUCGCCCGCGCUUCGCGCUUGGUGGCGAUGUGGGGUCGAACUACAAAUUUUUUGCGCGCUGCGCGCGCGCUUUUUCUUCUACUGGGCGGCCGCGCACUUCUUUGCGCGCGCCACACAUGGUGGCGCGUUUGCUGGGAUUGAAAAAAAGUUCUCGCGCAUUGUGGUCGCGCGCGCGGAGUGCGGGGGGGAUGGGUUAAAUUCUCUCGCGCGGGCUGCAGCCGUGCAUCGUGGUUGGAUCGAUGGAAUGGGAUAAAUUCUCCUGCGUUCUUGCGCGUCUGGUGUCCGUUUUUUCGAGCAGGCGGCGCGCGCCCCUUUUCGUGCGCCGCGACCCCCCGGCGUUGUUUGCGGGAAUGAAAAAAAAAACUCGUCGCGCUCCGCCCGCCUGGGCUUUUUCUUUCGUGCUGGCUGCCGUUUUCUGCGCGCCGCACCUAGGCGGCGGCGGACCGACGUUGUGGGGGCCAAAAAAAAAUUCGCGCGCUGUGCGCGCGGGCCACCUCUCGGGCAGGCGCGUGGGUGCUCUCGCGUGCCGUGUCUGGCGCCGUGGGUGGGAGGCCGCUAAGUGGGUCCAUCAAAGAUUUUCGAGGAGCGCCGCGCGCUCCUAUGUUAUCGCGCGCCACACCUAGCUGGUGUGGGCGUGCGUCGCGAAGAUAAUCGUGCGGGCUGCCGCUAGACGGCCGGGCUGCGCCCAGGCUUUGCAGGCUAGCGAAGCCUUGGUUGAGAGGCUGGCAGACUAGCACCCAGGCUUUGCAGGCUAGCAAAGCCGGGGUGCCAGGCUGGCAGGCUAGCAAAGCCGGGGUGCCAGGCUGGCAGGCUAGCAAAGCCUGGGUGCCAGCAGGCUGGCAGGCUAGCAAAGCCUGGGUUGCCAGCAGGCUGGCAGGCUAGCAAAGCCUGGGUGCCAGCAGGCUGGCAGGCUAGCAAAGCCGGGGUUGCCAGCAGGCUGGCAGGCUAGCAAAGCCUGGGUUGCCAGCAGGCUGGCAGGCUAGCAAAGCCUGGGUUGCCAGGCUGGUAGCCAGGCUUCCUGGGUUGCUGGCUGGCAACCUAGCAUCUCAGAUAGAGAAUCUCUAUCCCAGAUAGAGAUUCUCUAUCCCAGAUGGAGAAUCUCUAUUUGGGAUGGAGAGUCUCUAUUUCGGCUUCGCCACUGGUGGAGGAGCUGCUGAAAUAUAGUAAAAAACAUGUGGGAAAACAGUAAGAAACAGAAAAAGAAGAAAAAAGAAAGAAAAAGAAAGAAAGAAGAAGAAAAAAGCGAUACUCUUUAUCGAGAAUUUCUAUUUUCCUCAGAGAGUCUCUAUUUCAAAUAGAGACUCUCUGAGAUUUUCUAUUUCGAGAGCCGCGUUAAUAUUUCUGUUGGAUACCCGGGACCACGCGACUUUGGAGCCCCACGUGUGGCGUAACUGCCGGCUGGGGCCCUGUAUGGAAAGAUGGAAAUCGAAAAAGUACUUGCUCGAGAAGAUUGGCCAUUUGCAGACGUCUUUUCACGAGAACCCCACUCCGGCGUUUGACUACAGGUAAAAAAUAUUAUAACUGUUCGAAAAUUGCUUCGAACCGCCCUGAGUGCCUCAUCUUUUCUCAAAAUGAAAAAAGCAGAAGCGCAAGGACUGAAUUCUACUUAUUUCCCGUCUACUCCUGUCCGUUUCGCUUUUUCAUUUGCUUAGCACUCGAUAGGAUUGAUAUUGUUAAGGUCUUUUUGCAUUGAGAAGUCGUAACCUUUCAAAGGAAAAAACUUUUACAGGCAGAAGUCCUUUCAAUAUGUGACGAAGAAAUUUUCGGAGAUUCUGCUUCACCAGCAAGAGUGUGAUGAUCGAGCUCCAGAAAAAGAUAUGCUUGUGCACAAUUUUCCCUCGUCCAGCCCGUUUGUUUUGCAGAACUCUAAACGACCGCGCCCCACACCUGUAAUAUUUAAUUUUACCUUUUUUCUACUUCUGUACCGCUCCUAUUCUGCAAUAAGUCAUUUCGGGGCCCAAACCUGCACUUCGCUUCGCGUGUUGUUGCUUCUGUAAAUGCCAUGCAAAGUAGUAUGUCGCUGCCGAUGGGAGUUGUGCACUUGGAUAAAGUAACAAUUGUCUGGUCAAGCUUGCCUCCCUGUCGACCAAGGCCUCGGGGAAGAAAAUGACGAUAAAAUGAACGCCGCGCCUCGAACUUCAUCUGGAGACGGAGUAACAAAUUAUCGGGGUGGCAAGAAAUUUUACUACUACUACCCCCGGAAAAAAAAAGACCAUCACCGUCCUUGUAUAGGUACUUGCAUCUGGUGCAUGUUUGCAGCACUUCAUUAUUCUGGCAGUAAGAGAUGUUGAGCACAAAAAACACAACGUGAAGAAUACCCAUUGUGCGUGGAGCAAUGUCAACUGCACGGCACCACCACCAGCUAACUUUUUUUAAUAUUCGCGAUGAUUCUCAUUAAAUUUCAUUUUGAUUUUGAGCUUUUAUGUUGGCUCUGCAAGUUGUCGCUCCAGACACAAUGAGUACUUCCAUCCUACGACAUAAAUGAAACUGCUACCGACGAGUGCUGGUGGCGGCCCUUUUUGUAACAUUCCAUAAGCGCCGUGCUGUGAGUAACACGACUCGGGGCCCUGCGCAACUCGAAAACACGGUGCCGCCGCUGGUGGAGGAUUUUGAAGCACCGGAGUUUCUUCUCAAGAUAUCAAUUGCAAAUAUCGAUCUGGAUGGUCGGGAAGAUUGCAAGGUUUGCAAUGCACGAUUUGCAUGACCAGCACCAUCCAGGAAGUUUUAGUUUGGAGUGCUGUUCUCUUGGCAUCACAAGGUAUGACAGGCUCCUGGACGGAGGUGCCUUUUUUCCUGUCUGAGAAGUACUAUUGUUUUCGGAUGACCAGAGAGAGUGGGCAUUUUUGCUAUUUCUUGGCAUCAUGGAGUACUACAAGUUUUUGUCUUGAUUGAUUUGGUCGAGCGCCACAAACUCAGACUCAUCUUCCAAGCCCAGACAUAUUUGCACCGGAUACAUGGGGCGCUCGACCGAUGUCCACUCCACUGUUCUGCGGAUGUGCUCUCAGAAGUCCCAGGUAAUAACCCGAUUUUCGCUGAACUCACAUGUGGUGUGAAGUACUUAUUCUAUAGUGAGUAUCUAAGUUAUAGUUAAGUCAAUGGAGGUACGCUCGCGGGCGUGUAACUUGAAAAGAUCCUCGCAUUUAUGCAUGUGCGAAGAUGAUCCUUCGUUUUUUUUGUAUCCAUCAGACGCUUUGCCUUCGUCUGUGUAGAAAGAUAUGCUCCUGCGACCAAGAUGCUAUAUUUGACGCAGCUCGAAAAUGAAUCCGCAGAUUCGUACGACAGCACGACGCACAAAUUAGAAACGUUAAAUGAAUCUCCCCUAAUAUCACUCGCCGGGUGGCUAGCUGAAAAGUUUUUGUAUCACUACACACUCACACAACAGAUUUGGCUGCACUAUGACGUGUGUGACAACCUGCUUUGCCAAGUGCAUGGGAGAAAGCGGGUGGUUCUUUUCCAUCCCUGCUACAUAGAGGAUCUCUGCUUCGAUAUGCUGAGUACUAACGCCCCCCACCCAUGCAAAUUUGGAAGCUUAGAAUGUUUCUCAUGCGCAGUAUGCUCCAAUCAACGUUAAUAUCACUCUGGAAGCCUCUCAUGCUAGAAUCAGGAUGAGGUCUGCUCAAUUUCUGACGUGGCUGCAUUUGCUAAACAUACUCUAUACAUGAUAGAUCAUUACUUACACUGCGAAGCCAGCUACAUGUUAGUUGGCCUCGCAGUGUAAUGAUCUUGUUAUAACAAGCCUGUUGCGCGCAAGACACGAAAGUCGCUGGCUCGUGUACCAAAAUUCCCAUCUUGAAUUUGGAGUUUCUUGUGUACAACCGGAAAAGACCAAUCUGAACCUCCGUCUUGACUUAGGGGCGGGGACGUUUGUGCUUAGGAUAUUGGACGCAACCAGUUCGAGUUCGGCAUUGGGUUCGCGCUUGCUGACUGCGUUAUCAAAAAAGGAUUGGGAAGCUCUACAGAAGCAGUUUCCAAAACACGACGUCAAAAAGGCCUGGGAGGAUCGGUACUUGUACCCCUUAGUGACAACUUUGCAGCUUCGAAGUCCUGCAUACAUUUUGUUUUAAUGUUGUAGUACGAAAGUACUUGUACUCACAAUACAGUACGUAGUACGACGCUGAAGGUUCUUAGUCAGUGGCAGUGGAGUCAUAGAGGUGACCAAACUCGAUGAUGAAUGAAAAUGUAUUCGUAUCUUGCAAAUAGGACAUGUUCUACUUCAUCACAUCGCAGGCGUGAAGUAAUUCUGGAGGCGGGGGACACGCUUCUGAUUCCUGCAUUCUGGUUGCACUGCACGGAGGACUUGACUCCGGCGAAAAAGGAAACCGACCAUCCCGGUUUAGGUUCCCUGAAAAAGCGCCGCGCGCAUUCCAGUUGCGGAGCGUUGACGACCACGUCGCCGGGGGACAGUUUCUCUAUGAUGCAGAAAUACGACCAAUACAGAAGCUGCACCGGCUCCUCGGCCGGGUUUUUCACGCCAAAGUUUCGCGACCAUCCUGGGCCUUCCAUGAACCCUUUUGGCAUCGAGCGCAGGACCCGUAUUAUGAGCUUGCCCACACGGGAACCGCCAGGCUUGGAAAGGUUCACGGCGACCGGCGCGGGUACUAGGGGCGCAACAUCUGCCGCUUGCAACAUUCCAGAUUUCUUGAAGCCGAGCACGCUGAAGCUGAGACCUGCUGCACGGGGGGACAACAUCUCCGAGGUGGAAUCCGGGACCACGAACAAGAAGGUCCGAACCCUAUCUCUCGCAGACUGCUUGGCAGAGACGCCUUCCUCCACAGCCGCCACUCCGCUUGGUGCGUUCAGCAGCAGCGGCAAGUUCUUUCACAGCAACGAUGUGAGUCAGGGCCGCACGACACCGGUCGUAAACGGCGGCAGCGUCGUCCGCAAAAACUCGCUGAGCCGGCACCUGGACCUGGGGAGUUCCUCGGCGUACCACGGCGCACCGACGACCCCUUCCGCGGACCAUGUCGCGCGCAGCUGGCUGCUGCCGUCCCUGCCCUCGGGGGCAGGCUUGCGAAAGACCAGUACGCUGGAGGGCGAACUCGUCGUUCCCGUGCCCGUGUCUAGCGCGUCCUCGUCCGGUUGUACGGAUACGCCGAUCGAUAUGGAAGCGUCAGGAUCGAAAUCGACAAAGUCGAUCUGGAAUGCAUAAUAAAAUGCGACCUCCCAGAAACGAAAGCGACUCUAUUGCGGAGGAUGCAAGGAAGGCGGAUUAUGGUCCCGGUAAGGGUCAAGAGUUGGGCUGUAGUUGACUAGCGUGGCAGAAGGGAGCUCUUUUUCCCUAAACCGCGCGACUACAGAUUCGCUUCCAGGACAGGUAUGAUUUGUCAUGCGCCGCCUACAGACUGUGGGCCUAACUCUAACUCUAAGUGGUUGUAUCGAUUUCAUGCAUUUCAAAUUUUUCGGCUUUGAUGUCGAUUUCUAUCCUGACGCUUCCAUAAUCGACUCCGGAAUCUACACCUUUCACGACCCGGAGGAAAGCGACGGAUAUAAUGACGUAAGCAAGAAUUUGCGCCUUUUUCAUCUCCAACAAGGUGGAGUAGACCACUCCUCGACCUCCACUACCACACAGCUGUUCUUACAGCAGCAACAAUUCGCCAAGUACGGAACCCCCCGGAGCCGGCUCAACAGCGCGGACUCUUGGAAGAGCGCGGGCGGGGGGUUGCCCUUGCCGCGGCACAAGAAGAAUUCCAUCGAGUUGUUUUUGGAGGAAAAUAGUAAACUCAGCUCUUUGCUGGAAGGGAAGGAAGAAGGGGCUGCUGCUCCUUGUCAAGAACAACACCAGGGGAAGCUGCAGCCUCGUGACGAAGGGGAACAACCGCCGUCGUGUGGAACCGCUGUAGCUGGAAGGACGACCCAAAAAGUUGGGACUCUUGCGGCCGGCGCGGAACAAGGCGAGGAGGGUGGAGCAGCUGCAGCACCAGCACCUCCUCCUUCGAACGACGCCUCCACCUCCACCUCCGCAGACAUUAAAACAGAUGUUUGUGCGCCGCAUGAUCAUGUUGCGCAGCACGAGCAGCUUCUGGAGAAGGACGAGGGUACUAGUACACCAGACGAAAAAGAAGAGGGGAAAGGCAUGGAGUUCACCGCGAACGAGCAUAGCAAGGAGCUGUCGCUGGAUCUCCCCACGAUCGCCGAGGUGGUCGAAGCGGACUGUCCGGACAAUAAAGCGCAGGUAUGAUCUAUUGCAGCAAUGUUGUCCACUAUUUUCGGGUGUCUGUCGCACGGGGAAGAAGUUAAGUAUACGUAAAAAAGUUGCGAAUCUUGCGAAAGUGAUUUCUUAAAUUCGACGUACAGAGGUAGUUCUCUCGGCUUGUAUUUCGAACUUCGAUCGGUGCUCAGUUGUCCUCGGGCUGCUGGAGGGAGUAGCACGCAGCAGCCCGCUAAAGGGCACAUGGCCAGCAUCAGCAUCAGGCCUCGUAUUUUUACAAACAUCGAUUCUCAGUAGCUCACCGGAUGAGAAGUGUGGUUGAGGCUCUGAGGCUCUUCGUUCCAGACCACUCUUUUGUAUUAUCCUGUUGGAUUCCGUUAUUAGUAAGUCGCAUCUUCUCAACUACAGGUUUCAACCAAGAAUCGGAGUGCUGGAGCGAGCCAGUCCAUAUCAACUGCAAACAUGUCUGGGUUUGCAAGUAGCGCGUAGCUAUGCCAGUCCGCAUGACAACCGAUAAAUUUUUUUCGGGCGCACUGCAACUGUAAUAAGCAGCAUCUCAGCAUGUUGUUGACAAGUUCUAUUUGUGUUGCUUAUACUUCCGCAUGUUGGCAAGCUGCGUUUUUGCAAGACAGGCAGAAGGCUCUUUUUGUGCCCGUGCGCUGUCAACACAGAAUACAUCUAGCGUCAUGGACCAGACAAGCAUGUCAAGAAGCUUUGCAAGCUUCCAGAGCCAGAUCGCAAUUUGUAAUGCAUACUCCAGCAUCCAGUCCGAAAAUGGCAAGAAGAAGGGAGAUGAGAUGCUGGAUAGCGAGGAGAGCCGCCACUUUCAUAUUCUGAGUAAAAGCGUCUGUCAUGCCCCAUUUUAUCUGCAUGCCCGGAACACCUGUGGCUCAUCAUGUUCGUGAGUGGCGUUAGUUGAAGUACCUUUUUCAUCUUGUAGUCCUGUUUGGAAACCGGCUCUGCUAUCAUUGGGAUCGCGCAACUGAUUUAUUUGUCUUGUGCGCGGCUGUACUUAUUAGCCCAACAUCGACACCUCGUAGGCUGCAUACAAGUACCCAAACUUGUGGUCUUGUCACGCUUGACUGGCGCGAAAAGCUCAGGACUUGUGUAGCGAAGCUUCCAUCUUGAUCUUGACUGUGGGGUAUAUGGGGACGGCUUUACACAGGAUAUGUCAAGGCCCUGCUCACGAAAACGAGUCUAGUCCGUUGCCAUCUGAUGCAGAGAAUCUUGUUCGGGUGGGAACUACAAAAGGCGAAAUCGAAAAUAAUGAGGAAGCGAUGAAAGACAAAGAACAAAAUGAGCAUGAGCAUUCGUUCGGCGCGAAGGAUCGUGCGAACAUCAAGCUCCCCUUGGGCCUCGUUGUCGACGGCGAGAACAAGCAGCACCAAGAAAUGUCGGCUGACACAAAGACAAAGCGGGACGCGGAGAUGGGUAUUUUUACUGCGCGAAAGAGCAGCAACAGUGAGGGCCCUCCCGGAAGCGGAAAAAACGGAGGACAGGAGGAAAACGAAAAUGAAGAAGAGCCUCUGGUGGCAUCUUCCGACGAGCUUGAGAUGGGCAUCAGCGUUAACAUUUUUUUCCGUUCUCCAGAUUUCGAGGGGCAUUAUAAAGCAAAGGACGCAUGGGCCAACCACGACUUUCCGGUAUCAUCAUGAUGAAUAACUAGUGUGGUAUUGCUGUGUCUGCUUCAAUGAUUGUGCAUCAGGCUGUCUUCAAUGACGUAUCACAAAAACUAGGUGGAUGUAAGUCGAAUACUAUACGGAAGAAAAUACAGCGCGCCAUGGACUACUUCAUGUCAAAGGGAAAAAUAAGUCAAGAAAAAUCGUCGCAUGGUUGGAAGGAGGCUCCAGGAGCAUUUGUAGCUGGGGCAUCUUUUGCGGGACAUAAUAUUAAUUAAUAUGAUUCACUUGUCAAAAAAGUAAGCUUGCAAGCACAUUGUUGUGUGUGAAAGUGAAUAUGGAUGAUUGAAGACGACAACUAGAACUACUUCCACCUUCUAAAUCAAAAGAAUUAUACGGAACUGCAGGUUUUUGUGCAAGCAACCAAAGCGUUGGAGAAAGCAGUGCACUGCUUGGACAAUUUGCCGACGCGGGCCGCGGAGUUUUAUUCCCGAAAGCUUUUGAUGCGAUGUGCCGAACUGCUGGCUAUGAGCAAGUCGGGACCCAUCGAUGCUGCGUCGAGCAACCCUGCCGCGAAAAUUUCAGCAGGAAGAGCAGAGCCCUCUCUAGGGCGAGAGAAGUCUGACAACGCUUACGGACAGAGACAAUCCACGAAGCCUUUUGCUGUGGAGAGAACUAAGCAUGCAAGUCCCGCUUUGGCGGGUGCAUAA